UUGUUAAUUCAUCAUUGCCGUUCGGGUACAUAUCUUUAAAAGUUUCAUAUUCUAAUACAUACGGCCACAUCAACCUGAAUAUAGGGCAUCCCGUCCGCUCUGCCGUACUCAAGCAGGUUAGAGAUGGAAUAGUACUACGGUCUAUCCAUGGUCCAAGAGACUAUCGACAACGAAGAUGGGGAACCCGAGGUCAUGGACGAGGUGGACGAGGUGGACGAGGAAGAUCUAGACCACUCUCAAGCCAUUUCCGGUACAACCGCCAACUCUGCAUCGGAGCUGGAUCCUCUCCUAAUGCGAUUGAGUAUCGCUGGGGCUUUCGCGGACGCGAACGUCACUUUGAAAUACAUAUCUCGUCAAGGUGAAAGUUCGGAAGCUCUGGUCAGGUUUCAUACGCAACUUGGCCCGGAGGGCUCUGGCAAACUCAGCAGAGUAUUCCCAGCCCUAUCCCACGAACUUGGACGGCGCGUUGAGAUCUUUACAUCUGCGGGGUUCAUUGAUCCAAAAGCUGUCAUCGAGCAGAUGCUCGAGGGCAAGCACAUUGAUUCUCUGGAAGCCAAGUACCGCCUUGAAGAUGUUCUUCUAAAAAUCAACCUUGCCCACUUUGCUCAUGCGAUGGUGGAAGCCUCAGGACCAGGACAUUUGCAGGUUAUUCUCCAUAACAUCGUCAGGUCUUUCCCUCUACCAUUUGCUACGGGAUUCGAAGAGGGCUCUGUCCAGCCAGGGGCAACGACGCUUAUAGACUGUAUGAUGACGCUUGUCUUGGACAUUAAGACGCAAAUCGUCUUAGCCAUCCUUGCCGAGACUAGCAUUGACCCAGAGGGGAUAAUAGGACCACAAUUCUUCGAAGCUCCAAGCGCCGAAACCCAGGACUGGGACAUCGACUACCUGCUCGUGGAUGGCAGGAUCAAAAAAGUCUGCGACCAAAUCGACCGAGAUCGCAGCCUGAGGACGAAAUACGUGAACCUUACCCGUGAGAGGCUUAAGGCCAUACGGGAGCAGCUCGAUCCCGAAGAAGAUGAGGACUGCGAGAACUUGCAGGACGCAUUUCCUUGGAAGGAUUUUGUUGCCAACGCUCUUCGAUUCGUCCAAUUGCGCGAUGCGGAGCUCACUAAGAGAAUCAAGGCCCAAGGUGGUGCGGAUCGGAUCAUCGAGGGGUUCAAGAACCAAGUUGACCCACCCAAGGACGAGGAAGAUGAGGAGGACGAGGAGGAUGUCGAAGAAUUACAGGACCAAGUUGGAGAGGAACCGCCGCGGGUCAUCUUCCAAGAACAGUCAGACGAAGACCGUCUUUCUACCCGCGAUCGGUCGGAGAGCCUUCCGCAGCUAGAUACGGUCUUGCAAAAGGGAUCCCGGCAUCCACCGCCUCCAUCCGCUGAACCGGAAGUGCGAGUAGAUGCGAUGGAGGUGGAGGAGCCUGUCCCUCAGGUAAGAACUACAGCUAUCAAGACCUCUCCAGUACGAAGGCUUCAUGCCACCGCCUCACCUGCCCGGAGCCUUCAACCGACCGCUUCUCCGCCAAGUGGCCAGGCUACCUCCGCCUCCCUAGCAAGGAACCAACAAGAUGUUCGCUCCCCAGUAAGGAGCAUCUCCGCCACUGACUUCGCUAUGCGCGUCGCCCGAGCGAGCACCCAACCCAGCCACCCACCGGAGAGUGAGAAGGAGAACCAACGUCGCAAAUUCAUUGAUCGCCAACCGGGCGCCUCCCGUGUUCAGUUCGAUGCUACGCAGGACGUGCUGACCGAAGGAGCCGGCCCUGUUCAACAUGGACCAUCCACCACCGCCCUCGGUAAGCGUCGCCGUGAGGACGGACAGGGCGAUGAUGAUGAUGGCGACUAUGAAGAGGAGGACGAUGAGGAUGAAUACCAGGAGGACACCCGCAAUUCGUCGCCGGCCCGCCGACGCAGGUUGCCUGGCAUUGAUGGCUACCGAGUACCCUCGUCCACCGCCCCAGCUUCGUCGGGACUCGAAAGUUCGUGGCGUUCGCCUGGUUCGGAUGGCGAACGGGUCAUGGCUCACGGAACGGCGGGACGGCGUACGGGAUCCAUUGUAGUCCAGGGGGGUCGAAGGCUGGCGCAGAGGACAGUCAGGAAGCAGUCGAAGCGAUGGACGGUUGUGGAAAUGGAUCAGCUGAAGCGGCUGAUGGCAAGACACAAGGGUGCAUGGAGGAUGAUGAAGCGGGAAGAUGAGGACACCGACAACAUCCUCGAAGAUCGGGACGAUGGAGCGCUGAAGGACAAGGCGAGGAUUAUGAGGUAUCACAUGGAGCGGACGCAGGAGAGAUGCGCACCGGGAUUUGUCCACGCCCCGCUGAGGACGGAACAUAGAAGAAUAUUGGAGAGAGAUUUCCCUGACAGGACAUUCCUCUAAUAUAUAAAGGACUGGACAGAAGACUAACCGGGAGAUGAUUGCUGUGUCUUGGGCGUCGUUUUUUAGUGCGCAGUUCUACGCUGGAAUUUAUAGCGGCCCUCACUCUCGCCUUGUUA